AUCAUGUCCUGCGAUGAGCAGAUGAUGGAACCCGCCAGCAAUGCGUCCGUAUUACAACAACCGCAUAUCCUCCAUCUCCCCGCAGAAAUACGAGUAAACAUUCUCGAAUACGUCUUUUCUUCUUCCUCCUCUUCCUUCUCUUCCUCCGCCGGCCUCAAAACCUCCUCCACAGGAGAGAUCCUCCUAGACGAACACUACCGCGCCAGUCAACAUCUCCAACCGCUCCUCGUCUGUCGUCAAUUCUACCGCGAAGCCAGCCUUUUCGCCUUUUCCCACACGCCCUUUCUCAUCUCUAACCUCUUCACCUCCAUUCCCCAACGCCUGCAACAGCAACAGCAACAGCAACAGCAACAGCAACAGCAACAGCAACAGCAACAACAGCCUCCACUCCUCCACCCGCAACAAACCGCCUCAAUCCGCUCCCUCGCCUUCGUAGCAGACAAACGACAUUUCCGCAACCUCAUCGACUGGCACGACGGCCACCCCUGGGGAAUCCCGUCCCUCGCCUUAGAAUCUCUCACCAUCAUCCUGCACCGCUCCAGCGCAUGGCAUUACAUGUUUGAUUUCACAUCAUCACUCGUCUCCCUGCUACGCAGACUCCGGGGCGUGCGGAAAAUCAAAUUUGUGCAAAAUGCAGCUUUGGUCAAGGGCAGUUUUCGCACGUGGUAUAAUCGGCUCGUGGGGCUGAUGUUGAAAAUUGAUCAUCGGGAACGCUAUGAGAGAUUUCCGGCGAGGGGGGAGGUGACGUGGUGGGUGUGGAGGUUUGAUGAGGUGGGGAGGACGUUUACGUUGGAGGCGAGGCCGGCGAAGGAAAUGGGUGUGGAGGAGGAGAGGUAUAUGCUGCAGAUGUUGCCGUUGGUGGAGGAGUUGAGGAGGGAUGUGGAGAGGGAGGAAUGGAAUCCAGGUAUUAUCUUCUUUUUCUUCUUCUUCUUCUUCUUUUUCAUCAUGAGGGUUUUGGAAGAGUGUUGGGGGGCUUGCUGA